AUGCCGGGGGAUGACUUAUCACGCAAGCGGCAGACCGUCAUUGAUGUCAGUCAGCGCAAUCACCUGGAGACAAUCCAAAGUGAGAUUCGCAAAAGCAACGAGCUCCUCACCACCCUUCGCCGGGAGAACAAAGAACUUCAGCAAUCCCUCCAACAGGCGCUGCGGGGCCAGCGGAAUAUCGACAUCGAUGCGCAUUACCACAAGGAAGAAGACCUCCUGCACAACAAAAUGUGCGUUCUCAAGCGCAGCCUGAACGCGAUCAAAGGCAAAAACGUCGAGCUCACCCGCGAGAUCGAGCGCGUCGUCGAGGAGAACAAGUACGUCCAAAUCGAGAGCAACAACACCAUCAUCGACGAGAGCUCGCCCAUCGCGCAGAAGAUCCGGGCCUUGGAGAAUCGCCUGGACAAGUGUUUAAUCAAGCAUAACGAGGUGAAUACGAUUCGUAAGACCUACGAAACCCUUUUAGAGCGCCUUCAGCUCGAGCAAGGCGGCUUCGACACGCAGCUGUCCUCGGCGGAGAAGGCCCUCCGGACGACGGAGCGGGAGAUGCAGGAGCUCAUCGACGUCGGCAAGGACGCCGCGCGGGGGCGGGACCAGGCCAAGGCGGAGGUCUUGGCCCUCAAACUCCGCCUCCAGGAGGAGCACCGGCACCAGCGAAAGGACCUCGAGCAGCGCCGGGUCUUCGUCCAGGAGAAGCGCGAGGCCCUGGAGAAGGCCUACCACGGCCUAGUCCGCAGCAUCGCGCAGAAGGACGAGCACCACGCGCGGCAGCUCCAGCCGGAGAAGCCCGGCGGCAAGCGCGGCCCGCGAGGCGGCCUCGGCGGGACAAGUGGCGGUGGCGGUGGGGGGAAUGAAGGCCCGGGCAGCCCCCCGGUCCCGCCCCGCCCGGAGGACCACGGCGAGACCGCGGAGUGGUUGUUGGCGCACAAGACGGCCUACCUCAGCCUCCGCGAGGCCACCAUGCAAACGAGUGUCGCCGCGGUCAUCGAGAAGUACCUCGAGCGCGUCCAGACGAACGAAACGCUAAAACGCACCAUCGCGGAGUUGGAGGAAUCGCUCAGGACGGAUCGCCGCACCUGCGAGGGGCUGCGGGAGCGGUGGGAGGAGGCGAACCAGCGCGCCGGGGGGGCGAUGGUCGCGAGUAGAAUCACCCGCCACGCGCGGGAUCAACACGAGCGGCGGCGGCGCCUGCAGGCCCAGGCCGGGAGCAGCUCGGGCGGCAAAGACGCCGACCCGCCCCUCUCCUCGCCGCGCAAGCCGGACUACGGCCUGCUCGCCGAGCGCGCGAACGCCAAUCGCCAGGUCCUCGGUGAGUUCCAAAACCACCUCAAACGCCGCCAGGAAGAGUUGAAGGCCGCCCAGGAGAAGUACGAGGCCUUGUCGAAACUCGCCUUGAACGUCGAGGCCGGGGUCCUGGCGCUGGCGGAGAAACUCGCGCUCGCGCCGCCCCCGCCCAACGGCGUGGCGGCGAUGCCAACGGCGACCCCGCAUUCGAACCCGACGAGUAGUAGUCCGAACAGCCUUUCCCUCCCCACGGGGUCGGGGGAGGUCCCGGCGGUUCUGCUGCUCCGCCAUUGCGAGGCGAAGGCGGUGGGGUUGAUCGCCCAGCUCGGCCCGGAGGAGCUCGAGGAAGGGGGGAAGGGGCGGGCCGCCCCGUACGGCCCCCCGUCCACCGCGCAUAAAUCAAAUCAAGCCCCAACCACAGGCGGGCGGUUGGGCUCGCAGGGGAAAUCCCUCGCGUUGGGAGGGGCCGGGGGGCUGCGCGAGAUCUAUCACCACCUCCCUUCCGAGGAGAUGAACGAGUUCGGCAUCGGGGCCCUUAAGGGGAGUUCCCACCAAAGCUCGCAAAGCCCCAUCCACGCCGCGGGCGGAGGGACGAGCUCGCCGGGAUUGGCCACGGUAGAUGACUUCCCCGAUAAUGAAAUACGCGAUCGACAUGAACUCAAGGUGAUGGCCCUCGCGAUGGUGGAGAGAGAGGAAAAGAAGGCCUACAAACAACUCGCGCAGCGCCGUAAAGAAGUCUCCUAA